GGCUGCCUUUCAGCGCGGCCGGAACGUAUAGUGUUCCCGUGUAGGAGGCGGAGCUUGCAUGGGGCGGCGGGGCCCGGUCAUGGCCCGCCCCGUCUCUUUGAGUCAUCCUUCCCGGACGCGGCUCCGGUUUGUUUCCUCAUGCGGUGGCGGCACUUCUUGUGCGCUGCAAUUUCAGUUAUGAAAGGACCAAGGCCAGUUGUACUGAGCGGCCCAUCGGGCGCGGGAAAAAGCACUUUAUUGAAGAAACUUCUCAGAGAUUAUGACAACGUCUUCGGCUUCAGCGUCUCCCACACUACAAGGCAGCCACGACCUGGGGAAGUCAACGGAAAAGAUUACCACUUUGUGACCAGGGGAGAGAUGCAGAAGGAGGUUGAUGCGGGAGAAUUUGUGGAACAUGCAGAAUUUUCGGGCAACAUGUACGGAACAAGCAAAGCUGCCAUCCAGGCUGUCCAAGCUCAGAAUCAGAUCUGCAUCCUUGAUAUUGACCUUCAAGGCGUGAGGAACAUCAAGAAGACAGACCUGAAUCCCAUCUACAUCUCUGUUCAAGUCCCCUCCAUAGAGAUCCUGGAGAAACGGUUAAGGGAGAGACAGACCGAGACGGAGGAAAGUUUACAGAAGCGGCUGCAAGCGGCUGCCACUGACAUGGAACUCAGUAAGGAGGCGGGCCUUUUCGACAUGAUCAUCAUCAAUGAUGAUUUGGAGGAAGCUUAUAUGAAACUGAAAAACAUUCUGGCCGAGGAGAUCGAGAAAGUGCAAGAAUCGAAAAAAACAUGAAAUUUCCCGACGGUGGAGACCUACUUGAGCUUUGCAGUCAUUCCUCAAUGUGAUUCACUGUGCUUAUUGUGCUGCGUUUGAGAAAAAAAUCCGUAAAUCCAUCCACGUACUCAUACAUUCCUUUUUAGCUGGGCUUCUUCCGUGAAAUCCUUCUUCGACACUUUCUAUUAAAGGAGAAAAGAUCUCCUCCGGUUA